AUCGGCCUGAUCGGUGAUCGGUUGCGCCCCCUGGUAAACUGCAGUCCCCGGCAGCAGCGCGCAGGCUUUCAGCGCCUCUUACAUGAUCCAGCGAUUAUUCCUGGAUUAAAGAGAACCAGAUACCGCGGGACCGGAACUCAAAUUGUGGAAGUUGGGUGCAACUUUACUGCUUGGACGAACCGACAGCCGAGCCGAGCAGACUUUCCAUCCUGUGGUCAUGGAAUAGAAGAGCGGAGUGGAGCCAGGCGCCAGGCCUGCGGAGCACUAACGUUAGCUGAUCCUUUCUGGGUCCCUGUGCUAACUAGCUACUGGACGUUUUUGUAGCAUAACAGACAGCCAACCGAAGUUGCUCGCUUGUUUUGAUGCGGAUAUGUUGAAGGAACCUGCCGGGGUCUACUGCUUUUAAAUGUUUACAUAACUUUCUCCAAGUUUCACAUUAUUUCUGUAAAGUAAUGAAGCUAGCGACCGACUUCUUUGUCAUAACGUUACAAAGUUUGGUUGAAAUAGAGGGAUGAUUCUGGUGUUGAAUUGAUCCGUAUUUUCUACAAGGGAUUGCAUGUUGAUGAUCAAACAUCAGAUAGACCCAGUCCAACCCACUCAGUCUCUCUGCCCCUCCACGGGACUACAGUUUCUUGACGCCGUCUUCCACACCACGGUCUCCUGUCUUCGGCCGGCUUCAGUAGCUGGCCACACGGCACUGAGUGCCCAAUGGAGGAUCAUGACAACAUGGACUAUUUUUACCAGCAGGUAGUGCAGAAGGACGUUACCCGCAGGUUGCAGGUGGGUCAGGACCUCAUUGACUACCUGAGCGACCCACAGCGUUCCCCGGACGUGGAGCAGGACAAACCCCGGCUGGAUAAGACUAUCGAUGAGCUAGCGGGAUGGGUGAACUCCAGCAAUUUCAAGGUGGCGUUGAUGGGGAUAGAUAUCUGCGGUGCGUUUGUGGACCGAUUGGGGGAACGGUUCAGAGGAUUCCUGGGCACAGUUGUGCCAGCUUUGGUGGACAGGAUGGGUGAUGGGAAGGACCAGGUCAGGGAGAACAGCCAAGCUCUUAUCCUUCGCUGUAUGGAGCAGACUGCCUCGCCCAUGUAUGUCUGGGAAAGGCUACUUCCUGGUUUCAAACACAAGAACUUCCGCAGUCGAGAGGGAAUCUGCCUCUGUCUCAGUGCCACGCUCAGCAUGUUUGGAGCUCAGCCGCUGAGCCUCAGUAAACUAGUUCCUCAUCUGUGCACUCUGACUGGAGACCAGAACCCACAGGUACGAGAGGCUUCCAUAACUACAUUGGUGGAUGUUUAUCGUCACGUUGGAGAGAGGGUCCGAGCAGAUCUGGGGAAGAGGGGACUGCCUGCCGCACGGUUACAGACGUUAUUCUCUCGUUUUGAUGAAGCCUUGAAUUCAGGCAACAUGGCUCUCAGCCCGAGUCACGAUCGUAGUUUUGAUGAUGACGACAGCGUGGACGGGAACCGCUCCUCCUCGGCCCAGGCCGCCUUCAAGGUCCCAAAAGUUCCCAAGAAGCCUGCAGAAUCCUCCACUGCACGCAGGCCUAGUGCUACCGGUGGGAAGCUAGUAUCCAAGGAUAGUGCGGGCGGGAUUGAUGAAGAGGACUUCAUUAAAGGCUUCACAGAUGUCCCUGCAGUGCAGAUCUACUCAUCAAGAGAUCUUGAGGACAACCUGAACAAGAUCCGUGAGAUCUGCUCUGAUGACAAACACGACUGGGACCAGAGAGCCAACGCAAUGAAGAAAAUCCGCUCUUUGUUGGUGGCGGGUGCGCAGUCUCACGACUGUUUCUAUCAGCACUUACGGCUUCUCGAUGGAGCCUUCAAACUAUCUGCUAAAGACCUGCGUUCACAAGUUGUCCGAGAGGCGUGCAUCACUGUGGCCCACCUUUCGACGGUGCUGGGGAACAAAUUUGACCAUGGAGCAGAAGCCAUCGUCCCCGUCCUGUUCAACCUCAUCCCAAAUUGUGCCAAGGUCAUGGCCACCUCUGGUGUGAUUGCUAUCCGCAUCAUUAUCCGGCACACCCACGUCCCUCGACUCAUCCCCCUGAUAGCCAGUAACUGCACAUGCAAGUCUGUGGCAGUUAGAAGGCGCUGUUAUGAUUUCCUGGACCUUUUACUACAAGAAUGGCAAACCCACUCUCUAGAGAGGCACACAGCUGUACUAGUUGAAAGUAUCAAGAAGGGAAUUCGAGAUGCAGAUUCAGAAGCCAGAGUGGAGGCCCGCAAGGCCUACUGGGGCCUGAGGAACCACUUCCCCGGGGAGGCUGACGCUCUCUACAACUCCCUGGAGUCGUCUUACCAGAGGACCCUUCAGUCCUGCCUGAAGAGCUCUGGCAGUGUGGCCUCACUUCCCCAGAGCGACCGCUCCUCAUCCUCCUCUCAAGAGAGCCUCAAUCGGCCUCUGACUUCAAAAUGGUCAGCAGCUCCAGGGCGAGUCCCUUCGGGUUCGAAAGGUGGGGUGUCAUCAGCCUCCCUGCAACGUUCUCGUAGUGACGUGGAUGUAAACGCGGCAGCGGUCGCUAAGCACCGGCACGUUGGACAGACCAGGGGAGCGGGCCGCCUGCCCCCUGGUUCCUACUCCUCAUUGGGCCGUGUUCGCACCAAGCAGCCCUUGACCACCGCCAGCAGUGUCUCCAGCCAGGUGGACUCACGAGGACGCAGCCGCACCAAGAUGGUCUCCCAGUCACAACGUUCCGACGAAUCCGAUUGCACUCCAGCCGGCAGUCGGAGUGGCUCUCCAGGUCGCGUGCUGACGAGUACAGCCCUGAGCACCAUGAGCUCAGGAGCCCACCGGGUGCUGGCAGGAGCUGGGGAAGGACAAAGACGCAGUCGCAUUCCCCGCAGCCAGGGCUGCUCCAGGGACUCUUCCCCCACGCGUCUGUCUGUUGCUCCUUCGAGCAUUAGUUCCAUCUACAAUGGAGCAAGCAGAGGAGCUCGGGGAAGCCGUAUCCCUCGGCCAAGUAUGAGUCAGGGCUGCAGCAGAGAGGCCAGCAGGGAGAGCAGCCGGGACACCAGCCCUGUACGCUCCUUCACGCCCUUAGCAACACGGAGCUACUCUCGCUCCACCGGAGCUCUCCACACACCUGAUACUUUUGGGGCUGCAGGAUCAGGUUUUGGCAUCAGUCAGUCCAGUCGUCUUUCUUCCUCAGUCAGCGCGAUGAGGGUCCUCAACACAGGCUCAGACGUAGAGGAGGCUCUUGCAGAUGCACUGCUGUUGGGAGACAUGCGGUCAAAGAAGAAGCCAGCCCGGCGGCGGUAUGAAAACUACAGCAUGUACUCAGAUGACGACGCUAACAGUGAUGCAUCCAGUGCCUGUUCAGAGAGGUCCUACAGCUCCAGGAAUGGAGGAGCUAUCCCCACCUACAUGAGACAGACAGAAGAUGUAGCUGAGGUAUUGAACCGGUGUGCCAGUGCGAACUGGUCAGAAAGAAAGGAGGGGCUGCUCGGUCUCCAGGCACUGCUCAAGAACCAGCGCACCCUCAGCCGGGUAGAACUGAAGAGACUUUGUGAAAUCUUCACCAGGAUGUUUGCAGAUCCUCACAGUAAGAGAGUGUUCAGUAUGUUCCUGGAGACCCUGGUAGAUUUCAUCGUGGUCCAUAAGGAAGAUCUACAGGACUGGUUGUUCGUCUUGCUCACGCAGCUGCUGAAGAAGAUGGGAGCUGACCUGCUGGGCUCCGUACAGGCCAAAGUUCAACGAGCCCUGGAUAUCACACGAGAGUCUUUCCCCAAUGAUCUCCAGUUUACUAUUCUCAUGAGGUUCACAGUGGACCAGACGCAGACGCCCAACCUCAAGGUGAAGGUGGCCAUUCUGAAGUACAUCGAGACACUAACGUUACAGAUGGAAGCUCCGGACUUUGUUAACUCCAGUGAGACACGUCUGGCCGUCUCUCGCAUCAUCACAUGGACGACUGAACCCAAGAGCUCUGACGUCAGAAAGGUACACAAACACAAACCUGACAUGGUCUGGUUUAACAGACUGCUUUUUGCCAAAAGCAUUGUUGGAGCAAAUAUUAUUCUGUUUCUAUUUUAUUGCAAAUCAUUGCAGAACAUGGAAAGUGUUUCUAAUAGUGAGGGGUUGUGUGUGUUUCAGGCCGCCCAGUCGGUGUUGAUCUCUCUGUUCCAGCUCAACACCCCAGAGUUCACCAUGCUGCUGGCAGCUCUGCCCAAAACCUUCCAAGAUGGAGCAACCAAGCUUCUCCAAAACCACCUGAAAAACACUGGCAAUAUUGCACAGGCACCAAUGGGAAGCCCUCUGACCCGCCACACCCCUCGAUCUCCAGCCAGUUGGUCCAGCCCUGUUACCUCCCCGACCAACACCUCCCAAAACACGCCCUCACCAAGUGCAUUUGACUACGACACAGAGAACAUGAACUCAGAGGACAUCUACAGCUCACUGAAGGGUGUCACUGAGGCCAUCCAGAAUUUCAGCGUCCGCAGCCAAGAGGACAUGAACGAUCCCGUCCAACGGCGGGAGGGAGAGGAGGGAGACAGUGGGACUGACAGAGUGUCAGACUUUGUGGACGGAGGCCGCAUGGCUCUGGACAACAAGACUUCCCUCCUCAACACCCCUCUGCUCUCCUCCAGUCCCAGAGGAGCCCGCGAGCUCUUCUCUGACUCUCCCUUCAAACAAAGUCGCAAAGACACCAGCAUGGACGACUCUGAGCAACUCACAGAUGACAGCAGCCUGGACCAAUCAGAGCUGGUGGCAGAGCUGCUGAAAGAGUUGUCCAAUCACAACGAGCGCAUCGAGGAGAGGAAAGCAGCGCUGUGUGAACUUCUAAAGCUGAUUCGGGAAAACACCCUGCAGGUGUGGGAUGAACACUUCAAGACCAUUCUGCUGCUCCUGCUGGAGACGAUGGGCGACAGAGAGCAUUUGAUCCGAACGCUGGCACUGCGGGUGCUUAGGGAGAUUCUCAGCAAGCAGCCCUGGAGGUUUAAGAACUACGCAGAGCUCACCAUCAUGAAGGCCUUGGAGGCUCACAAAGACCCCCACAAAGAGGUCGUAAGAGCAGCAGAGGAGACGGCAGCCAUGUUGGCGUUAUCCAUCAGUCCAGAUCAGUGUAUCAAGGUGUUGUGUCCCAUCAUUCAGUCGGCUGAUUACCCCAUCAACCUGGCUGCCAUCAAGAUGCAGACCAAAGUGGUGGAGAGGAUUCCCCGUGAGGGCCUGAUGAGCCUACUGCCCGAGAUAGUGCCAGGACUCAUACAGGGUUAUGACAACUCUGAGAGCAGCGUGAGGAAAGCCUGUGUGUUCUGUUUGGUGUCAAUUUACACAAUUAUCGGGGAGGACCUCAAACCGCACCUCAGCCAGCUCUCCAGCAGCAAGCUGAAGCUGUUGAAUCUGUACAUCAAGCGCGCCCAGUCUGGCUCCAGCGGCAGUGAACCCUCGGGCGAAGGCCUAUAGGAGACAACAGCGCCCUCCCUCAGAGCCACCGCAGAACUACAACUCUGCCCACCAAACCAUAAACGUCUUCAUGAGCUCACUACCACAUCAAAGAACAAAACACACAACCUAACACUCUUUCAGACUGCUUACAUCCACACAUAAAUACACACACACAGUCCUCGUACAUUUCCUGUUUGGUGCAGAAGAGAAGGGUGUUGUAGUUCUCCCUGAGCAUCGCUGAGGAUCCACCCUGACUGAACCCUUCAAGCAUUAAAAAUGAACAGAUAACACAUUCAGUCACACAGGUUUGUCACUAAUCACUCAAGGAUGAAAACAUCCGUCCUCUCCACUUUCUUUGUUUCUCAAAACAAAACAGUAUCCCGUCUCAGUCCUCUUGAUGUCAACAGGAAGUGGUGCAACUGCAUGGAUCUCAUAUUUUCUUUGGGUGGGGGCGGGGCCAAGGCUCAUAGAGCGGGGUUGAGACGAACGAAUGGUGCCGUCUUUGUGUCUUUCUUGAACAGCCAGUAACUGGAUCCAGAUAGACAGGAAUGUAAAUUUAAAUUGUGUCAUAUUUGGGUUCAUUUUAUGCCAUGAGUUUUAGCCGCAGCAGUUUUUAAUGUCUGGACUUUUCUCUCUCUUAAACACACACAUCAAAACACACUCUCUCUAUGAAAAAGGUGCUGAAGAGCCAAAAAGGUACGACUGGCCCCUGCGUGCAGCACUAACAUUCACGGUCAGAGGGGGUCACGCCUAACAAAACCAGACAAAUACAGUACAGUCCAAAGUGUAGGCGGUGUUGUGUGCUUGGCUAUGCAUGAGACUAAACUUUUAAAAAGAACUUUUUAUUGGCGAUAGUCAAUUCCAGUUUGACUGGGGUUUUAAAUUAAUGUGAACAAAGUCGGCCCCCCUUUCAGAGUGAAAGGAAAAUUGAUGGUGUCGUCCAUUUCUCCCAGCUCAUCUCUGAUCAGUCCACCUCUGGGCAACGUGGGGAGACAGACGAGUGCUGCUCUCUACAUGAAGUAUGAUCGGACAUGGCUUAUUAUCACAUAGUGGAUAUAUAUCUAUAUAUGAUAUUAAAAUGGAUUAUCCAAAAACAGUGUCAUUUAGAAGAGUCCCCUUGGGAGGUGCACGCGCACCUGUGCCCAUUCUUGUUUUAUUUUCUCUCUGUUGCGCGUGCCGUAGUCUCUCUCACACUUAUGUUUUUCUCUGCUGAGAAAACUGUAGAAAUGUAUUAUUUACAGUGCUGAAAGAAAACUGUCAUGGUCCCAUUUCUCUUCUCCUCUUCAUCGUGUCUUUCUUUCCUUCCUCUUCUUGUAACAUUCUAGUUUCCACUGUUGUGUUUCCUCCGUGCAUUUACAAAGCUGUGCUUACAAUAAAAUAAAGAACUUGUACAGAGCAUAA